GAAAUAUUCAAUCAACUCAGCAAAACAUUAGCUAACUUUGUGCACAAUACUUUUAAUUUUCUGUCACACGUAGUUCUGUUCUUCACAUCAUGUUCAGAGCUGUAUCCGCCCCAUUGGCGCAGAAAUUUAUUGCCGGAGCUGUUGCUUCUACCGGUUUAGGUGCUUCAUAUAUGUUGUACCAAGACUCUGUCACUGCAAGUGCCAUGACUGCCGCUGAACACGGUUUGCAUCCUCCCGCCUAUGGCUGGUCCCACAACGGCAUGUUCGAAACUUUUGACCAUGCUUCUAUCAGAAGAGGUUUCCAAGUUUACCGUGAAGUUUGUGCUGCUUGUCACUCUUUGGAUAGAAUUGCUUGGAGAAACUUGGUUGGUGUUUCUCACACCACCUCUGAAGCUAAGGCCAUGGCCGAAGAAAUUGAGUACGAUGAUGAACCAGAUGAUGAAGGUAAGCCAAGAAAGAGACCAGGUAAGCUCGCUGACUACUUGCCCCCAGCUUACGAAAACGAACAAGCUGCCAGAGCCGCCAACCAAGGUGCUCUUCCACCUGAUUUGUCUUUAAUUAUCAAGGCCAGACAUGGUGCUUGUGAUUACAUUUUCUCCCUCUUGACCGGUUACCCAGAUGAACCACCAGCAGGUGUUGCCUUACCAGAGGGUUCCAACUAUAACCCAUACUUCCCAGGUGGUGCCAUUGCCAUGGGUAGAGUUUUGUUUGAUGACUUGGUUGAAUACGAAGAUGGUACUCCAGCUACCACCUCCCAAAUGGCUAAGGAUGUCACUACUUUCUUGAACUGGGCUUCUGAACCAGAACAUGACGACAGAAAGAAGUGGGGUUUGAAGGCUCUUAUUGUUAUUUCUUCCCUUUACCUUUUGGCUGUCUGGGUUAAGAAGUUCAAGUGGCAACCAAUCAAGAAUAGAAAGAUUAGAUUUGAUCCUCCAAAGAAAUAGUGACCCUACGCAUAAAAAGUUCAUAAGUAAUAUAGGGACAUAUACACAUAGUUUCCGUUA